AACUCCCGCGCGCUGGACUCGGCUUCUGGCCGGGCGGGCUUCGCGGCGCACCACGGUUCUCUGCGCGGGUGGCAUGGAGGAGUGCAGCGGGUCCGAGCCCACCCCGGGCUGUAGCGGCCCUAGCCAGGGUCCCGUUCGCGGUGGCGACGGCGGCACCCACACGUGGGCUCCCGAGGACGCCUGGAUAGGCACACACCCUAAGUACUUAGAAAUGAUGGAACUCGAUAUAGGAGAUGCCACCCAAGUUUAUAUAGCGUUCUUGGUUUACCUGGACCUCAUGGAGAGUAAAAGUUGGCAUGAAGUAAACUGUGUAGGGUUACCAGAACUACAGCUCAUCUGCCUCCUUGGCACUGAGAUAGAAGGGGAAGGGCUACAGAUGGUGGUGCCCAUACCCAUUUCUGCUUCCCUCAGCCAUAGCAAGAUAAGGGAACUCUUGAAGGCGUCUAGGAAGUUGCAAGGUGACCCGGAACUGCCGAUGUUUUUUACUUUGGCCAUAGUGGAGUCAGAUUCUACAAUUGUCUACUAUAAACUUACUGAUGGAUUUAUGCUGCCAGACCCUCAGGUCAGUUUUGAAGUAACUGACAGGAAACAGUGAUGGGAGACAAAGAAUAUUUCUCUUAGGAGAUAACAGCUGCCCUUCCUGGUGCUGAUUCUAUUCCUGAAAGAUUGGAUUUGAGGUCCAUCUGCCUGCUUCGUCUUUUAUCUCAGAGGUAGUCAGGGUUGACUCAGCAAGUCCCAACUUACAAGCUUUUUUUAAGAAUAAAGCCUUCUCAGUUGGAAAUGUAUAUUGGUUGCAAAUAUAGAGUAUUUAGCUUAGAACUUUCUAAUCAGAGACAGUGUAUUUACAUGCAGGUUUUCAGAGUGGGGAAACUGUAUGUGCCUCUGCCACCUCCCAUCUGUAGUCAGUAGACAGGUAUCCUUGAAUGGUACAGAGGAACUGCUACAGUGAAGAAAUUGACACAAGAGCAUUGGAACGUGGUCAUGGAUGACACGUCAAGCUAUACAAGUAGACAAUCGAGAUACCAGUUGUGAUUAUAGUAGGAAGACAUGGCAGUAAAGGAAUGACUUUGCCUCUUCUAGACAUUUCAUUUGUUAUUUGUAUUUCUUUUAUAAUGUUUUAAAAUUUAAAAAAUCUUGAAA